AUGAAUGCUACCAAAGAUAAGGUCAUAAUGAUUCUGUCUACGGCCCAUAAGAAUAGAUGGGUAUUUCCUAAAGGAGGAAUUGAGCUUGAUGAAGGGGAUGACUUUGUUGUUAGUGCCGCAAGAGAAACCUGGGAGGAGGCAGGGUGUGAAGGAAAGAUAUUGAAUAAGUUACCAAUUGCCUUAGAUUCGAGAGGUAAGAAAGCACCAAUCUUAGAGAAAGGAAAAGAAUUUGAGCCAAGUGGGGUUAUACCCAAGUCAGAGUUUCAUUUCUAUGAAAUGGUGGUUGAUAAACUUAGUUCCAAAUGGCCAGAAUCGAAAAAGAGACAGAGAAGGUGGUGCACCUACUCAGAAGCUAAACAUGAAUUGUUAAAAGCAAAAAGGCCCGAAUUGGUUGAAGCAUUAGACAACUCCUGUAUCAUCAAGGAUGUCGAGGGAAUCGCUGGUGUCGACGAAUAUUAA